AUGGCGGCACUUUCGAUAUCAUCGCUGGCUUCCUUUUUCUCUGAUGAGCAGAAGUCCUUAACAAGAGGUGAAAAUCAUUAUCAGUCUAAUCACAUAGAAAGUUUUUCCUUCAGUGAUGGUGUCAUUCGUGGAGAAGUUCACGCUAGCAUGAAGAAAAAAGUGUAUAAAGUGACGGUAAGUGAUCGAUACUUUCAACCAUGUUGAUUCUUGUCGAUUCUAUCAACCAAAUGGCUUUUAUGCAUUUUGUGGCUUCACUCAGUCAUGUUGAUCGUUAUUAUAUCUAAUACAAAUAUUUAAAAGAAAGCUUAAUUCACGAUUUGGAGGCCUAAACGCAACCGACGGUACCUCGCUCUGUUUUUUAUGUUAAAAGGUAAUUUCGCCACGUUCCCCAUCAUGAAUUAAGCUUUAAUAUAUGAAAACUUACAAACGCCUUACAGUUCCCCAAAUAAUACCAGUUUUCUCCGCGAUUUUAGAUUUAUUUAGACGAAGAGAAGAACAUUAAAUCAACGGAUUGUGAGUGUCCGCGAGGGAUGUUUAGGUGUAGUCAUGCUGCCGCUUUGUUUAUACAUGGCCUAUACAACCUCAGUAGAACAGACAUUGAAUGCCAGUGGAAAAAGCGAAAAGCCACAAACUCGUUGCUGCCGUCAGUGCAAGAAAUGUUUCCUCCUGCAAAACCUGCAUACCGUGCUCUUUUAAGAGACCCAACUCGUGAAGAACGUAGUGAACUUUUCCAAAGGCUGAAAAACUAUGGUAAAUUUACUGGACUUUAUUGGCUCAUGAGCCCUGAACCACAGACUCAGUCUAAGUCCUUGCCAGUUGCUACAGUAGAAGAUGUUAUUUUCCAAGAGGAAUUUCUACUGUUGCAAGGCCUCCAAGAACAACGUCAGUAUUUUCUGAAUAAAGUCAGUGUUGAAUGGAAAACUAUUGAAGAUGUAAGCCGCCUUACUGCUGGACAAAGGGACAAUCCUUCUUGGCAAAUGAUCAGGAGGGGUCGACUGACAGCAAGUAACUUUGGUUCAGUUUUAAAUGCCAAGCGUGUUACCCCGUCCUUAAUCAAACGCCUUCUCGGUGAAUACGAUCUAUCAAGGGUGAAAGCUGUCCAGUAUGGGGUAUGCAAUGAAUCUGAAGCCAUUAACGCAUUCAGGCUCAAGACUGGCCUGGAUGUGGUGGAAACAGGUGUGUGGCUACACCAUUCUGGAGUCCUCGGUGCCUCUCCUGAUGGAUUGGUUGGAGAAGAUAGUGUUCUAGAGGCUAAGUGCCCCUAUACACACCGAGAUUUGACUAUUGAGGAAGCCAUUAAGACCAGCAACUUUUACCUUGAAAAGAAGGAUGGGGAAAUUGUGUUGAAACGUGACCAUGUUUACUGGCACCAAGUCCAGGGCCACUUAUUUCUCACCAAGAGAAAGAAGUGUUACUUUGUCGUCUGGACGUUGAAAGAUUUUGUAGUUCUUGAAAUUCAGCGGGAUGACUCUUGGGAGAUUAAGAUUGAAGAACUGAAAGAAUUUUAUUUGAAACACCUUUUCCCAAAAAUUAUUGAGGGAGAACUCUAA